AAAAUAUCAUGCAGAAGCAUUUUAUCUUUAAACUACGCAUAAAGAAGAGUAAGAGUACAAAUUUGGGGGGAAAGAUGAGAUGAUUGCCCACUUGUAGAAAAGGCCUAAACGGCAAGUGAGAUGCACUUGCAAGUUUCCAACGGAUAAUGCCCACGAAAUGAAAGGCUCAAAAUAUUAUAUCAAUUAUCCAUAUUAUAUAAACCUUCCUCACCAGCAGCAACACCUCCUUUCUUUUCCCUUCCUUCUCUUUGCGGGCUAAGGUGAAGAAGAAGAAGAAGAAGAAGAAGAAGAAUAUGAUUGCGCUCAAAGCCAUUCACACCUCCUUCACGCCUACAAAGCAUGCCCUUUUCCACACAAGAAGACCAACCAACCAAAAGAACACAAUCUGGUGUCUUUGCAAACCUAAUAAUAAUAAUAGUGAUUCUAAUUCUAACUCUGAUUCUGAGGCUUCACCACCUGAAGGUGAUACCCGCAAGCAAGAGCUUCUUGCCAGAAUAGCUAUGCUUCAAACUGAAAAAGUUCGUCUCACUGAUUAUAUAGAUGAAAGAUCCAGUUAUCUAUCUCAAUUCACAGAAGAAGCCAGUGCUGAAUUUGAUAAAAUUGGCGAAGAUGCUCUCAAGGGACUCGAUGAAGCUGGUGCCAGGAUAAUGGAGAAUAUAGAAAGUCAGAUGCUAGCUUUUGAAGAAUCUGCAGAAUUGAACAGAAAAGAUAUUGAGCAGAAUGAAAAUAAGCUAGCAGAUUUUGAAGGUCAAAUUGUAAAAGACCGUAAUGAAGGAAUGUUCUUUAAGAACCUAGGUCAGAAACCACCCAUUGAUAAAGCCAACGCCAAAGCAGAAGCAGAGAAGAUUAAAGAUCUGACUAAAGCAAAAGCUGGGUCCAAAACCAGAAAGAACAUUUACCUUGCUCUAAUUGCGGUGAUAGUCAUCAGUAUUGCUGAUUCUUUCAUCUCUUCACCUGAUUGGCGAAAAGUUGCCGUUCUUGGAGCAGUUUUAGUGGGUUUGAUCACUCAGUUCAGCUAUGAACAGAAACUGUCAUCAGAGCUUGAAAGCAUAGAGAAUACAGACAAGGAAAAGAAGUGAAGUGCAUCUUCCCCUUUAAUCUGAUGAAAACAUGUGUAAAGUCUUUAGUCACAACAUAUAAAAGUAUGAAUAUAGCAUGAUAAAAUAGCCCCAAGUUUAAACUUACAACUUGGAUUUGAUACAUCAUGCCAUUAUCUUUUGCAUCAUCCAGUUUGACCUUGGCAAUAUUACUGCAUCACCAAGAACCAUGUAACUGAGUUACACUGCGUGAUGCUAUGCUUUAUGAACUUUUCCUGUCGCUGUAGCAUCUACCUAUAGCCUUUAUGUCAUUAUGGCUAUUUUCAGAUAUUUAAUGCUCUGUCUGAUUGCUUGUAA